CAUAAACGAUUGAAUCAAUCGAUCAGUGGUUCCCAUGAGGUCUGAAAUCAAAAGCUAAACUAAUGAUGUCAGCAAAUUGAAAACUGCAUUGAUAACUCAUUUUUCCUUUCUGCACAGUAUGAGUGUACACACAUUUGAUAAUAUCGAGUGAGAUCGCAGGUUUAAAAACACCGGACGGAAAGUGAUGGAUUCCCUGAACUUUGAGUCCGAGAUGGAGGCAGAUGGACAGGGCAGUUAUUCUCUUUUUCCAGCGCUGGACAGCAUGAAUAGCCUGACUGGAGCCGCUGAGAGUCUGGACGCUGAAACCCCUAAUGAGGUUGCAGAUAAACCCAAUCUCACUUGGCUUGAUGCUGCUCAGAUUGUUCUUGAAGAGGCUGGGCGGCCCAUGCACAUCAAGGAGAUCAAGCAGCGGAUCAUUGAUCGUGGACUGGUGCAGUCAAAUGCAAAGUCAAGUCUUGAGGCGGUCAUGUAUCGAGAGACACAGAAAGGGAGCAGACGCUUCAAGAGGAUUGAAAGCAGAAAUGGAGUUUUUGCCCUGUUGACUGAUGAAGAGAGACAGCAUGCAUUGCAGGCAUUCUCCGCCCAGUCGACUUUCUCAAGUUCAGGCUCCGGCUCAUCCGUGGGACCUCUGCCAUCCCCAACGGGCCACGCUGAGUCCAGGCCUAAGGUCAGGAAGGGUCCUCGCAAGAACCAAAAUGAGAAAUACAGGCUAAAGUACAUGCGUCUGCGCAAGGCUGCCCGUGCCAUGAUAUUUGAAAAUGCAGCACUAUAUGAUGAGAUUGCUCACCUGGAAGAGAAGUUUGUUCGGGCAAAAGAAGAAAGGAGAUUCCUGCUGAAGUCUUUGUUACAGUAUCAGUCUCUGGCUGAAGGAGAGUCUGUCCCGACUCCCAGCUGCAGCACGCUCCCGCCUGCCACGUUGAGCUCCGUCGCACCGGUGGGCACUGCUCUACCAGGGACUCACAGCCAGGCCACUGGACUCUCAGGAUCUGAAGACAGCCUUUUGAAGAAACCCAAAAAAGAACGAAAGGAAAGGGGAAGAGAAAAUGGCAGGGAAGAAUUCAUGAAGAAGAUUUGUAAGAAAAGGAAGGUUGCAGAAGGAGGAGUGCGCAAGCUUGUGCAGCCCAUUUCGCUGGACUCUUCCGGGAGGCCUGUCUUUCCCAUCGUGCUUGGUGGACUCACUGUGUACAGCCUAGGAGAGAUCAUCACAGACAGGGCUCUGUUUCAUGACGAAACUGCCAUCUAUCCCGUGGGGUUCUGCAGCACGAGAGUUUUCGCCAGCAUGAAGAACCCUGAUCAAAAGUGUCUAUACACUUGCCAAAUCAAAGAUGGUGGUCAAGGACCACAGUUUGAGAUUGCACCAGAGGAUGACCCACAGAACGCGAUAGUGGCCUCAUCAGCCCUCACCUGUCACGCAAACCUACUCAAAGCCAUUGCUGCCCGGAGGGGCAGACCCUUGACCAACAUUGUCCCAUCUGGAGCAGACUUUUUUGGUUUUUCUCACCCCACCAUUCAGAACUUGAUCCAGAGCUGCCCUGGGGCUCGCAAAUGCAGCAAUUAUCAGUGGGUGCGUUUUGAGGUUUGUCGGCCUGGUGACGGACAGGUGGCGCAUGGCCUUUCGGAAGAUGAUGCAUCUGUGAACUUUGAGUCGUUUCAGCGAGUGCAAAACUGUGAGGAGAGCCUUACCAGUCAGAACCUUACAACAGAACACAGCAGCACAGUGCGUCCACAACAGCCUAACCUCGCGUCUCACCUUCUGAGUUCAGCAGCGCUGCAGACCGCUGUAACUUCUCUCUCCAACACUUGAGCUUUUUCAAACACCUUUGUGUAACAUUGAGCUCAAACUAAGGUUAAGGUUUCAAACUGAUUCAUAUCCAAAUGGGUCAUGUUUAUAGAAGUGGAACUAAAUUAUAAAUAAGCCUAUCAUGUAUCAUUAUGUGGCACUCAAAUCUGCAGAUCUGCUGGCUCUACUGGAUGCAUCCAUGCAUGCUGCAGUAUGGAGUAAUUUCAGACUUUUUUUUACAUUAAAAAAAAAAAAAGCUAAAUCCUUAUGUUGCUAUUUUUGUACUGUUUAUGUGCGUUAAUAAAGAGUACACUGUGAAAUACUAUAGAUAAAACCGACAUGAAAAUGGACUACAUCAACCCUUAAGCUUUUAGUAAGCUACUAUAAGAUUUCAACUUGUUUCACCAGUUCUCUAGAGCUCAAAGGCUCCUUCUGAAGCUGAACAAUACAAUAAGCAAAACCCUUACGGCUUUCAUCUGUCAUUGUAGGUCAUUCCAUAUGUGUGAUGAGAAGUCUUUGUACCUUGAGAACAGGUCUCCUCGAAUAACAGAUUUCAUAUAGAAUCUUUUGACAUCAUACCUCUGUUGGUAUUUGUGUUGCAGUGCCAUUCUGUGGUAAAUGUGAGUAAUAUUUCAUUAAACUUCAAGUUUCACACCUUGA